AUGUCUGCUUUUAUGCUUACAACUGUCGGGUUAUCUCUUAUUAAUUUCUUAUUCAGAAUGCUUCGCAAAAAAUAUUCUCGGCUUUCUGGACUCUUUGGAGAGUCUUUAGUCGCAAGAAACAUUCUUAUCUAUAUAAAUGCAUAUAUUGAAAGAUUUAUAGAACAGCUUAGCAUUAAAUAUAAGUAUCAGAAGGAACGUUUUGAGCAUUAA